CCACCAUGCUGCUCCGGGCUCCUGGCUAAAUUCCAUCCCACCCACAACCAACGUUACGUCACAACCUACACAGUCGGCCAACAACCGAAACCCGCACCACUACUUCGUACCACUCUCGCCUACUCCUGGCGAGCGACUAAGGGUUGGUGUGACGGGGGCAUCUGGCGCCCGAGGCAACGGAAUUGUGCAUGACUGCCCGCUCGUGAACGACCCGCCAGACUUGCGCAGGGUUUCAGUCUUCAGUGUUUAGUGUUCCGUGGCCCUUCCCGUCUCCGCACCUCCCGCUUCUUCCCCACGACGACGGCCGAAGCCACUGCGCAACACCGACGACACCAUGGCUGCGCUCAGCCCGGAAUUGCAGGGGCAGCUCGAGGAUCUGGACAAGGAGCUCGAGGAGGGCGACAUCACUCAGAAAGGGUACCAGAAGCGGCGCACCCAGUUGAUGUCGCAGUAUGGAUUUGGGGAUAUGCCCGCCCUCAAGGUGGGCGGCCUACGCAUCCACUCCCCUGACGACUACGAGGGCCCGCCCUCCGAUCACCGUGCCGCCUCGCUCGCGGCCCUGAAUUCUUCCGCCGCAGACACCCAGCGACGAGGGAGCGUGGGUUCGACAAGCGAAUACCGGGCCCAAUCUCCGUAUCUCAAUAUCGAGUCGCACCCGGCGUCCCUGCUUGCUCCGGGGGGUCCAAUGGCCGAACAACGGCCGAGCAUUCGCCAGCACGACUCACUAUUUCUUUCCGCAACAUCCGGCAACGACCCAUCCAGUCGUUCAGGAACUAUGGUAUCCGGGGACUACGCCUUCAAUCCCGAGCAGCAGCUAGGGUAUGCCGACCAGUCGCAACAGAACCUGUAUGACAGCAGAACAGGAACACUGCUGGAUUCGCAAGCGUACUUCUCGGAUUUUGCCGGCCAGUCGUACGAUCCAGCAGCCCCAGGAGAAUAUGGAGGUCCUCACCGAUACUCGGCGAGCGAUGCCUUUUCCCCUACGGCGGCUAUGGCACCACCCAUGCUCACGGCGAACGAUUUGCCGCCGCUCGAUGCUCUUCAAUUCCAGCCGCCGCUCGAACCGCGCGAGGUCCCCUUUGCCAUCCACGACCCUCAUGACGAAACCAUCCCCAUGUCUAACUUCGACAACAUCGCGGCCGUGCUCAGGCACCGUGGCCGUACCUCGGCGAAACUUCCAGCAUACUGGGUGCUGGACAGCAAAGGAAAAGAAAUUGCAUCCGUUACAUGGGACAAGUUGGCCAUGAGGGCGGAGAAGGUGGCGCAAGUGAUUCGCGACAAGAGCUCUUUGUACCGUGGCGACCGCGUCGCGCUUAUCUAUCGUGACGCCGAGAUCAUUGACUUCGCCAUUGCCUUGCUGGGGUGUUUUAUCGCCGGCGUGGUUGCGGUGCCCAUAAACGAGCUACAGGACUACCAGAAGCUGAAUCUGAUCCUAACCUCUACCCAGGCCCAUCUGGCGCUGACAACCGACAACAACCUCAAGGCCUUCCAGCGCGAUAUCACCGCCCAGAAGCUCAAUUGGCCAAAGGGAGUCGAGUGGUGGAAGACAAACGAGUUCGGGAGCUACCACCCGAAGCGGAAAGACGACGUUCCUCCGUUAUCUGUCCCGGACUUGGCCUACAUUGAGUUCUCCCGGGCGCCCACAGGUGAUCUGAGGGGAGUCGUUCUGAGUCACCGGACCAUCAUGCACCAGAUGGCCUGCCUCAGCGCCAUCAUUUCUACCGCGCCCGGAAAUGGGCCCGCCGACACGUUCAACAGGAAUCUCCGCGACAAGAACGGCCGUCUGAUAGGCGGCGGUGCGAGCAGCGAGAUUCUGCUGUCCUAUCUGGAUGCACGUCAGGGAAUCGGCAUGAUUCUCGGGGUUCUCAUGACCGUGUACGGAGGGCACACCACCGUCUGGCUGGAGAGCAAGGCCGUGGACGUCCCUGGCCUCUAUGCCCACCUCAUCACCAAAUAUAAGCCCACAGUUAUGGUUGCAGACUAUCCUGGCCUGAGACGAGCGGCCUACAAUUACCAGGCCGAUCCGAUGGCGACGAGGAAUUUUAAGAAAGGCAUGGACCCCAACUUCCAAACCGUCAAGCUUUGCCUGGUCGACACCCUCACGGUCGAUAGCGAGUUUAACGAGCUUCUUACCGACCGUUGGUUCCGGCCCCUGCGCAAUACGCGAUCAAAGGAGAUAGUGGCACCCAUGCUUUGCCUGCCCGAACACGGCGGCAUGCUGAUUGGCGUCCGUGACUGGUUGGGCGGUGAAGAGCGCAUGGGCUGCCCUCUGAAGCUUGAUCUAGGCUCCGAAACUACCCCGGAGGACGAGAAGGAGAAAGAGGAGGAGAAGCCGACGCCCUCAAACGGGUUCUCGACCCUGCUUGGACAAAGUACAACUACCGCCAAGGAGGAACGCGCUAAAAUGGAGCUCAGCGAGGUCCUUCUCGAUAGGGAAGCACUGAAAACAAAUGAGGUGCUGGUUGUUGCCAUCGGGGACGAGGUUGGGAAGCGGGCCCUAACCGAGCCGGGAACCAUUCGUAUCGGCGCCUUCGGUUAUCCGAUUCCCGAUGCCACGCUCGCUGUUGUUGAUCCCGAAAAUGGUCUCCUCGCCUCGCCCAAUAUGGUGGGCGAGAUCUGGGUCGAUUCUCCGUCCUUGUCCGGUGGCUUCUGGGCAUUGCCGAAGCACACGGAGCAGAUCUUCCACGCCCGGCCCUACAAGUUUGAGCCUGGCGAUCCAACUCCCACGGCGAUCGAGCCCGAGUUUCUCAGGACCGGCCUCCUGGGUACCAUCAUAGAAGGCAAGAUUUUCGUUCUCGGUCUGUAUGAGGACCGAAUUCGGCAGAAGGUGGAGUGGGUUGAGGACGGCGGCCCUGAGAACGCCGAGCACCGCUACUUCUUCGUCCAACACAUUGUUGUCAGCAUCAUGAAGAAUGUGCCAAAGAUGUUUGAUUGCUCCGCAUUCGACGUUUUUGUCAACGAAGAACACCUCCCGGUUGUGGUGCUCGAAUCGCCGGCGGCGUCCACGGCCCCUACCGCUAAUGGAGGUCCGCCUCGGCAGCUGGACACUGCGCUGCUCGACUCUCUUGCGGAGAGGUGUAUGGACGUGCUAUUGCAAGAGCACAAUCUCCGCGUCUAUUGUGUCAUGAUUACGGCGCCCAACGCCCUGCCCAGGGUGCUCAAGAACGGCCGCCGUGAGAUUGGCAACAUGUUGUGCAGGAGAGAAUUCGACCAGGGUAACCUCCCAUGUGUCCACAUCAAGUUCGCGGUCGAGCACGCCGUUCUCAACUUGCCUGUGGGCGUUGAUCCCGUUGGAGGCAUCUGGUCGCCGAUAGCAACCCUUUCCCGCGGAGACCUUCUCGCUCCGGCAGACAAACAGUAUUCAGGCAUUGACCGUAGGGAGGUCGUCAUCGACGAUAGGACAUCCACACCGCUCAACAACUUUUCGAGCAUCACCGACCUCAUCCAAUGGCGUGUAGCCAGACAGCCCGAGGAGUUGUCGUUUUGCACUAUCGACGGCCGAGGAAAAGAGGGCAAGGGUGUGACAUGGAAGAAGUUCGACAUGAAGGUCGCCGCUGUCGCCGUCUACUUGAAGAACAAGGUGAAGCUUAGGGCUGGCGACCAUGUUGUUCUCAUGUACACACAUUCCGAGGACUUCGUCUUUGCUAUCCACGCCUGCAUCAACCUUGGCGUCGUCGUCAUCCCCCUUGCGCCCAUGGACCAGAACCGUUUGUCGGAGGAUGUUCCGGCCUUUUUGCACUUGGUCUCGGAGUAUCGCGUGAGGGCCGUUCUGGUGAAUCAGGACGUUGACCAUCUGCUGAAGGUAAAAUCUGUCUCGCAGCACGUUAAGCAAACCGCGCAGGUGCUCAAGGUUGCGAUCCCCACCACAUACAAUACCAGCAAACCGCCAAAACAGUACAGCGGCCUGCGAGAUCUCGGCAUCACCAUGGAUCCUGCUUGGAUCCAACCCGGCUACCCAGUUGUCAUCUGGACGUAUUGGACCCCCGACCAGCGGCGACUGGCCGUGCAGCUCGGCCACGACACGAUCCUCGGUAUGUGCAAGGUGCAGAAGGAGACUUGCCAGAUGACCAGCUCUCGUCCGGUCUUGGGGUGCGUGAGGAGCACGACUGGCCUGGGCUUCAUUCACACAUGCCUGAUGGGUAUUUACAUCGGUACCCCUACUUACCUCCUCUCGCCCGUUGAGUUCGCCCAGAGCCCGGCUUCGCUCUUUUUGAUCCUGUCGCGGUACAAGAUCAAGGACACGUACGCCACCCCUCAAAUGCUGGAUCAUGCCAUGAGCAUGAUGCCCGGGAAGGGUUUCACUCUGCACGAACUGAAGAAUAUGAUGAUCUCGGCGGACGCCCGGCCCCGGGUCGACGUAUUCCAAAAGGUUCGCAUGCACUUUGCGGCAACGGGCCUCGACCGCACGGCCAUCAACACGGUCUACUCGCACAUAUUGAAUCCCAUGAUCGCCUCGCGGUCCUACAUGUGCAUCGAGCCCAUGGAACUCUGGCUGGACCCCAAGGCGCUGCGGCGCGGGCUCAUCUUUGUGACGGACCAGGAGCGGGAACCAAAGGCGCUGCUUGUCCAAGACUCGGGUAUGGUACCGGUGUCGACGCAGAUUGCCAUCGUCAACCCCGAGAGCCGGGAGCUGUGCACGGAGGGCGAGUACGGUGAAAUUUGGGUCGACUCCGAGGCGUGCGUGAAGGGCUUCUACGGGUCGCAGGAUCCGUUUGAUGUGGAGCGGUUCGACGGGAGGACGGUCGAGGACCCGAGUAUCCGGUACGUGCGCACCGGGGAUCUCGGGUUCCUCCACAGCGUGCGGCGGCCUAUUGGGCCUGGCGGCGCGAUAGUCGACAUGCAGGUGCUGUUUGUGCUGGGCAACAUUGGGGAGACGUUCGAGAUCAAUGGCUUGAGCCACUUCCCCAUUGAUAUCGAGGCUUCGGUAGAACGGUGCCAUCGCAACAUCGUACCGAGUGGAUGUGCAAUCUUCCAAGCCGGCGGCUUGAUCGUGGUUCUCGUUGAAGUCGCACGCAAAGCCUACCUCGCUUCCAUAGUGCCCGUCAUCGUCAAUGCCAUCCUCAACGAGCAUCAAAUCGUCGUCGACAUCGUCGCCUUCGUCAACAAGGGCGACUUUCCACGCAGCCGCCUCGGCGAGAAACAGCGCGGCAAGAUCCUCGCAGGCUGGGUCAGCCGCAAGCUGCGCACCGUGGCCCAGUUCGGCAUCAAGGACGACAACCGCGAGCCCUUCGGCCCGCCGUCAACCGCCACCGGCGAUCAAGCAUCCACCCACGGCGGGCCCAUCCUCGACGACCCCCACCGCGCCAGCCUGGGCAGCUUCCGCAGCUCCAGCGGCGGGCCCCUCCCCGGCCACGGCGGCGGCGCCAACAGCUCCCUCCGCAACGUCGAGCCCGCCCCGCACAUCCUGGAGCAGCGCGCGCUGCUGGAACACCCCCACCUGUACCACCACCAACCGGGCUACGACGACCGAUCCAUGACCAUGAACAGCAUGCACGCGCCGCCCCCUGGCGCCGUCACCCCGGGCCCCGUCGAGAUGCCCGCCGACGACAACCAGAUCCCAGCCGCCGCCGCCGCACCGUUUGACCACGACCAGACCCCAACCAGGGCGGCCUACGCGCCACAACAGCCCCAGCACCAACCGCCACCGCCGCCAUCCCGCGGCGGCGGCGGCGGCGGCAUCCUGGCCGAGCCGGCGAUACACGGGUUUGAGCUGCCCGAUUUCGACCAAUUCGUCGGCGGCCGCGAUGAGAGGCCGCCGCCGCCAGGCUCUUCGUCAGGGCCGGGAACGGGCAUUGGUGUGGCCGUGUCGUCGUCAUCGUCGUCGCAGGCGCCGCCGCAGAUUCGGCUGCCGGGAGUGGAUGGGCGUGAGUCGUUGGAUGAUUGGGACUUGAGGCCUGGGAGUGGCGGUCGUGGCGCUGGUGUCGGUGGUGGUGGUAUUGGGAGAAAGCCGGUUGGUGGUGGUGGUGGUGGUGCUGCUGGUGGUGGUGGUGGUGGUGGGGGUGAUGAGGAUGAUUGGAGAGCGGACGCGUACAUGUCUAUGAACUUGGCCGGGACGCUCGGGGGGAAGUGA